UCAACGCUGUACAGAGAGAACAGUUUUUCUUAGAACUGCAACACUGCAACAUGAACCGCUUGGGACAGAUCGCCGUUGUACUGCUGGCUGUUGUGUUCAGCCACUCUGUGCGCAUUCUGGCCGACAGUUACUACGGUCCCAGUGAUUCCGGACGUCCAGCGCGCCAGGGCACAUCGCAAUGGUCAUUCGAUCCCUAUUUGAAUAAAUUCUACACCAUUGACCUGGCCAGUCGGGUCAACAUGAGCGAAUUUGCAGUGGUUGACGGUGUCCCCGCCGCGGCCGUCGCGGGCGGUGAGCAGCAGUACUACAAUCUGUCGGCGGACGGGUCAACGUACAUGCAGUACGUCUUCUUCCCCAGCGGCGCCGACUUCAAUUCGCAAAUUCCCUUCGUCCUGGGCCAGUCCAAAACGGUCCCCUUGCCGGGUAAUCAGACCAUUACAUACAAAUUCGACAUGACCAACGCCACACAGGUCCGUAUCGAUAUCGAUAAGGAUUUUGGCGAUCAUCACGCGGUCUUUAUCAUCUAUUUAACGUGGAACGCUGAUGGAAGCGGCUAUUCGGAUCUGGUGCAAAUUCUCCAACCGUCGCCGUUCGAAGCCCAUGCAUGGUACAACCGAACGGGAUAAACCGCCAGGACAAGGAUUCUAAUUUUUGUCUUGUUUAUCAAAACGCUUCUCUUUGCCUCCUGAUUCUCCUUAUUUUUUUACGUUUUUUAUUCAAAAUGUUCCAGUUGAUCGUUCUGCGUAGACACUUAUUGAUCCUCGCACAAUGGAUACACUGCAAUUAUUUAACAAAACCACGUGGAAAAUAAAUGUUACGCACAAAUAAGCUGCUCUUGUUUGUACUGGAUUGAUACAGAAAUAAGAAUUUCCAGUUCGGCAAACAAAAGCGGCAAUUGUGCAUGUUACAUCA